UGCUUUAUGACAACAUCUGUUGUAAAAGGCGCUAUAUAAAUACAUUUUAUUUUGACAUUUUAAUGUCUGAUGCUGUCUAGCUAGGUAGUUGGGGCAAAAGGAGCUCAGUUAAUCUUAAAUGUUGGGUAACUAGCUAUGUUAGCUAACUAGUUAGUUAGCUACUAACAACGAGAUAUUGAAUAGUCUGUGUUUAAAACUGAUACUCUGGUUUCUUUUUAAACCAAACCAACAGGAAUAAUUUACAGGCAGGAAAACACGCGGACAAGUUCAUUAACGGCGAGAAUCGUUAGCUAGCUAGCUAACAUGGCUUCAACAGUUGAUUUCAGAACUCACGUGGAUCAGUCAUGCAGAUACUCAGAGGAAUUUAUCAAUAUUUACUAUGACUGCAUGGACAAAAAAAGAAGAUUUCAGAAUCUGACGAGGCUGUAUCUGGAUAAAGCAACACUUGUGUGGAAUGGCAAUGCUUUUUCUGGACAAGAUGCCCUUGCAAACUUUUUCGAAUCUCUUCCAUCCAGUGAAUUUCAAGUGCACACGCUUGAUUGCCAGCCUGUACACGAACAAGCAACUCAAGGGCAGACAACGUUGCUGGUAGUUACUGCUGGCACGGUGAAAUUUGAUGGGAACAAACAGAGAUAUUUCAACCAAAAUUUCCUAUUAACUGCUCAGCCAUCCCCACACAGCGACCAGCCAGUAUGGAAAAUUGCAAGUGACUGUUUUCGCUUCCAAGAUUGGGCAAACUGAAUGAUUUCUUUCUACCAUACCCCACCCUGCAUUUUCAUUGAAUACCUAGGAUUCUUCAAAAAAGAGGUGGCUGAGAAACAUUUAAGUCUUACCUCCAAGUAUAAUUCAUUUUCAUGCUGUAAAUAAAUGUUAAAUAAAUCACACAAAGGACUGA